GAAACUCCAAACCUAGAUUCCUGGGGGAGAGUUGCUUCUGUUUUUCUUUCUUGCAAGGCAUCAUUCAUUAACCAAGGUGCACUCCAUUUUUAUCUUCCAUCAGUUAUAAAUACAUCUUCAAACAAUAAACAUUCUAACACAAAUUUGAAGAACUGAAAAGAAAAUUUAACUAAACCUUUCAAGGGUAUGGAGAUUAAGGUGGAAAAUGAGACAUCCCGGAAUCUCGAUGAAGAGAAAUCUCCCCUGCUGCUUGAAAACUCAGCCCUGCCUGAAGUGGAGAAAAACCUGAUACAACAGGCAAUCAGCCAGACAUUUAAAAGCACUGCCCACCUUGCCAAUCUUCUGCCUACUGGGUCUGUUCUUGCUUUUCAACUUUUAUCACCCAUAUUCACAAACCAAGGGGAGUGUGACGUGGUUGGCAGAUCUUUGACUGCCGCUCUUGUAGCACUUUGUGGACUGUCAUGUUUCCUGUUAAGCUUUACUGAUAGUUUCAAGGACCAAAAAGGAAAUGUUUGCUAUGGGUUUGCCACACUGCGAGGCUUGUGGAUAAUUGAUGGAUCAGCGACUCCUCCACCAGAAAUCGCAGGAAACUACAAGCUGAAAUUAAUAGAUUUCAUGCAUGCCAUCAUGUCAAUAUUGGUUUUUGCGGCUGUUGCGUUGUUUGAUCAGAAUGUGGUAAAUUGUUUCUACCCAACACCUUCAUAUCAAACACAGGAACUGCUUACAGCUCUGCCAGUGGCAAUUGGGGUCAUCUGCAGUAUGUUGUUUGUGGUGUUUCCUACGCAACGUCAUGGCAUUGGCUUCCCCCUCACCUCUAACUAAUAUGUUUGUUCUCCUAGGCUUGUCGCAUAUGUAUCCUCUCUUUAUUUUACAUUCAGAGUGAGAUUCAUGCUUUUUAUUGGUUUUUCCAUUCAUGUAACAAAGCAACCAAUUUCAUGUACUUUGACCCAACUUGCCAGAUGAAGCUGUAAAUGACUUUAGCAGCGAAUGUAGAUAAAGAAUGCUAGUGUUUGCCUUCAUGAAA